AUGGAACGCGAGCAUUGCCGACUCACGCCACCAGUCGGAGGAGGGCAAAAAGAGAUCACGACGAAAAAAGAGCUGUUUCUGCAGCUUCACACCACAUCCACACCCCCGACACCAGAGACCAUAUUGCACCGUUACCGUCCGAUCAAGAUGUUCUCCCGCGCCGCCAUUCGCAGCUCGCAGGCUGUUGCUGGCCGUCGUGCCUUCCACGCCACGCCGGCCCGCCUCUCGUCGCCGUACCACUACCCCGAGGGCCCGUACUCCAACCUGCCGUUCAACCCGCGGAAGAAGAGCUUUGGCCUGCUCUACUGGGGCGCGAUGACCGUCGGCUUCUUUGCGCCAUUUGGCAUCUCCGCCGAAAUAAGCGGCUCGCUCAAGCGGCUCGGUCUUUGA